AUGGAGGAUCCCAAGGACAUCGUUACUUCGCCGACAUUCAUGGUCCCUUUUCAACAUGUUGAGCAAUUGCUCAUCAUCGACGAGCCUAGCUCCAAAGAAAAUGGGUCAUCCACCGGGCACGGCCAUCGAGUCAUCAUCGUCCCAACCGCCGCUGUUGGCGCAUCGGCUUUAAAGAGGACCUAUCCCAAGAUCAUUUCCUUCAUGCUUCCUGACAGCAAGUCCGGCAGCAACUUUAAAGGAAAGAUCGGAGAAGCUGCCGAUGACCCGCAAGAGACAUACCGCAGUCUUAUAACACGGGUAUUCAAUGAGCAACUUGCGCCGUUUAAAAAGUCGGUGAUUGAUGCCAGUGCAGCAGCAGCAGCAGAUGAAGAUUCGGAUGCGAGACUGGUGUGUGAUGUGGUCCUUGAGCAGUCAGAAGACGAGGGGUCAAAGGAAGACGUCAAAGGACUACUCUUCUUCCUAGAGACUGGCGUGCUGUUUCAUUCGCAGACGACUGUUCUUUACUUGGCAUCCGAAUCCACCCCAAAUCCCAUGCUCGUAUACAACUACGAAGCACUGGCCAAACGUCCCGGACCAGCCAAUAUCUCUCUCAUCUGCAGAACCACGGAGCCGUACUACGACAAGGCCCAGGACGGUGAAAAGAGUAGCUCUGAACAGAACGAAGAGCCGCUUUUGAUCAGCUUUCACGGCAUUGGUGCAGAUCUGUCCGACGGCAUCGCACGCUACGCGGAGAGACACGGCAUCAAACUGGAAGAGCUCGAGCAGGAGUGGUACGACCUCGAACAGGGCCAACCGGCAAGUGGCUGGAUGCCACGGGGCUUUGCGUCUAGGACCGGGUAA